CAGCCGGGCCGCACGCGCGAGCGAUCGGAUCACGCUGGCACGCUGCUUCCUUCGUGCAGUAUGGCCCGCUCGAUUCCGGUUGUGCUCGUUGUUACCACGUUUGUGCGGCAGGCUCUUCGUUUACCCGCAGGAACGGCACACGGCGAAUAAUCACCGGCAGCCAUGGACGAGGAAUGGGAUGUGGACAACGUCGAGACGAAAUUCGACCUCGCGAUGAGAUCGAAUAAGUGGGAGGGCGAGGAUGAGGAGGAGGAGGUCAAGGAUAGUUGGGAAGAUGUGGAAGAAGAAAAGAAGGAUGUAGAGAAACCAGCAGAGGUUCCAAAAGCAAAGCCAAAACCUAAAAAAGCACUAGCUGAAAGAAUUGAAGAACGUGAGAAGAAGGCAAGGGAGGAAGCUGAGAGAAAAGCGAAAGAAAAAGAGGAGGCGCUCACACCUGAAGAAAGGCGAGCCGAAAUGUUAAGGCGUCAGAGGUUGCAAGAGGAGGCUGAUCUACGACUGGCGAUGGAAACUUUCGGUGUACCAGAAACACCAAGUGAAUCGCUCGAUACUAUGGUACCCGACACGAAAGAAGAUUUCGAGCGAUUUGGUACAGCGCUAUCGCAAAAAAUUAAUCAAUUUAAUAAACAUGCAGAGUUUCCACCGUUUGCAGAAGAACUUAUAAAAUCCAUUGCCCUUAAUUUAUCAUCAAAUUACUUGAAAAAAGUGAAAACUCUAGUUGAUAAUUUACUUAUCGAAAAGCAAAAGAUGGAAAAGGGCGAGAAGGCGAAAAAGAAUAAGGGGAAAGGAAAGGCCAAGCUCAAAAUCGAGGGUGACAACACCCUACUGAGCGAAUAUGGUGAUUAUGUAUAUGACGAGUAUGACGAUUUUAUGUAGCGACUUUUCACGUAUUCAUACAUUCUAGUCGCCUAAAUACACGCAGAAGAAUGUUAAUUUGCAGAAUUUAUACAGAAACUUUAUAUUUGUAUUUUCUGCAUAUUGAAUUGUAACCAAAAUGUACAACAGUUUAAUCUAUAAUCCAUAAUAUCAUUCACACCUAACAAGAUGAAGAAAUAGAAGUGAAAACUAGCAUUAUUAUAAUAUUAUCGGCGAAAAUGCUUAAAAGAAAAAUAACAAACAUUCUCCGAUAGCUGCGUGACGACAUUCGCACACAGUUACUCAGAACGAUUGAAGAUUUUAUGACUUACUGUUGAGUUUUGUCGGAUUUUUAUCCGCGCGCGCGUCCUAUAUCGUUAUCAGAUUUUCAAUUUGCUGUUAUAACAUCGGUAACCAGAUUUUAGCUUGAAAACAUUGAAAAUAUCAUGCGAUGUACGCGUGAUUCUAACUUAUUGAUUGUGCAUAUACAUUAACAUCGGGCAGCAAAGGGUAGAAUUAUUAUGUCUUUGAGUUGUGGCUGUAUCUUGAACUGUUAAGACAAAAAAAAAGGGAAGAAACUUUCCUCAUCUUUACAUAGCUGCGCCACUGCAGAUUAAAUCGUGUAAUUAUAUUGUGGAAGUUUUAUAUAACACAGCUUAUAUAUUCAUAUGCAUACACGUACUUUUAUUGAAGAUCGAUUAGAAGUUGGUUUUGAAAAGAGUAUAUUCCUAAAUAAAGGUUGAUUAUAAAUUAUACGUCCUUCAUUCUUUGUUCAGUAUCAAUUGAUUGUACAUUUUACUGCGGAAUGUCUCUUGUAUUUCGUUUUAAUUGCGUUUUCACUUGUAAAUGAUAUCUUUCGGCUGUUGUUGAUAAAAAAAAAAUUAUGCGUUGCAAUACACGCAGGAGGAAUACAAGUGAUGUGUUGGAGUACCGCGAAAAAAUAAUAUUCGUACAUCAUGUAACGACGCAGCAUUAAAUAUCUUAAUAUGAUACAAAAAAAAAAAAAGAAACUAUUUUCGAGACUGAGUGAACCACAUGAAUGGUUCCUAAGUUCUCUUAGAUUAUUACAGAUAUUUACUGCUGCGCAAAGAUUAAUACUGAUUUAAUAAAACAUCAUUCACU